AUUGUGGGGACUGUAGUUUUGCUUCUACAGAGCCGUGACAGCAGCGGAAGGUGAACUAUGAUCAUAGCAUCUGAAUGAUGUGGAUCUCAGCCCCCAAAUGUUCUCUUGCGUUUCGUAAACACAGUAUUGCCUUGAUCAGACGGAGCUCUAAUCUAAGUUUGUCAGGAUAUGUCCCAGGCUGUCCCCCUGCUGAUCCGAAUGAAGUGGAGCGCCUCCAAGACUUUGUGCUCCGCUCUCAGAGAUUGUUCGUCAUGACAGGUGCUGGAAUCUCCACAGAAUCUGGAAUCCCGGAUUACCGAUCAGAGGGAGUGGGACUGUAUGCCAGGACUGAACGUAGACCCAUUCAGCAUGCAGACUUUGUCAGGAGUCAGGCUGCUCGCAGGCGAUACUGGGCCCGGAACUUUGUAGGGUGGUCACAGUUUUCAUCCCAUAAGCCGAAUGUGGCGCACAUGGCUCUCUAUAACUGGGAGAAUGCUGGGAAGCUGCAUUGGUUAGUGACACAAAAUGUUGAUGCCUUACACGUUAAAGCUGGACAGCGCCGUCUGACUGAAUUGCACGGGUGCACCCAUAGGGUGAUUUGUCUUGGCUGUCACACGGUGAGCAGCAGAUUUGAGCUUCAAGAACGCUUCAUAGCUCUCAAUCCAUCUUGGAAUGAACAGGCUUAUGGGGUUGCACCAGAUGGUGAUGUUUUCCUGACUGAUGAGCAAGUGUCCAAUUUUCGUGUCCCACCCUGCGACAAGUGCGGGGGUAUUCUGAAGCCGCAAGUGACAUUCUUUGGUGACACAGUAAAUAGAGAAUUGGUGUUCUCUCUUUAUGACCGGCUAGGUGAAGCUGAUGCCAUGCUGGUAAUGGGAUCCUCACUGCAGGUUUAUUCCGGGUAUAGGUUUGCGCUAAAAGCCCAGGAGAAGGGAAUUCCUAUUGCAAUACUUAACAUUGGACCCACCAGAGCCGAUCAUCUUGCAGUUGUUAAAGUCAGCGCUCGCUGUGGAGAUGUCUUGCCAAAGUUAAUGUCAGUGAAUCCGUGUCUACAGGAAAAUGUGAGCUAAAUGACUAGUGGAAGAGACACAACAAGCAACUAUGCGCAAAUUGGAUAUAUUGUCUCAUAAGUGGUGGAAGAAUCUUCUGGGUGCACAUAGAGCUG